UUGAGUUUUAUCGAGAUACGGUCACACUGGCUGGCAGGCGAUGAAAAUUAUUUAUAUUUUUUCGCUCUUCUAACGCAAAAAUUAAACAAAAUAAACAAAGUUGGAUGCUUUAAUGAUAAAAUCCGACACAGUGCGACCCCACUGAACCCCGAUAGUGUGUGCUACCUUGGGCCGCGGCAUAACUCAAAUCCGCUACUCAUUAAAAGUUGAUGCUGCAGUAGCGCAGCAGCGGCCAUCAACAAAAAAGAAAACCACGAAACCCGAUCGCGUGCAAAGUACAAAAAGUGUGUAUUAUUUAAUAAUAAUUGUCGCUAACCAUUAUCGUGUGCUAAAUAUUGGGCACUAUACCCCAUAGUGCUGCAAUUAAAGGCCAAACGCAGCAAAUUGCUGCCGCGGCGGUGGUGCAAAGAGAACAUAAAAUCGCUGGAAAGAAGAAGAAGCAGAGCUAGUGGCGCUGUGUGUGAGAAAAUAAAACAAAAAGACAACGCGCAUUGCAGCGUAGCGUGCGUCCACUUACAGCUUCCACACCAAUUAAAUCGGAAGUAAAAUAAAUAUAACGCCAGCACGUAAUUGCAAUAAACGACGAAAAAGAUCCAGUGCAUAUUUGUUUUUGUGUGUGCUGCAGCCGUGCCGCUGCAGGUGCUGCUGCUGCUGCUUGGCUUGGCGCUUUCGAGACAACACGACGCUGCCAACGCUGACGACAUGCGCGCGUAGAGUUGCCAGCUCCAAAUUGCAAAGGUUGCCGUUGUUCCGUUGUUCCGUGCCCGUGUUCGUUCUUGGGAAUAGUUUUUUGAAAAUUUAGUUGUCCUUGUGCUAAGAUGAUUCGGUCGAUAUCCUUUUGGCGGUAUCAGGCCGCACCAAGUGGAUAACAGUCGAGUGAGAGCAGAAGAUAACCGAUCACCGUGAAGCGAUUGUGUUCCGCCAUCCAUCCAUAUCAUCACCGAACAGGCAACAGCUACGGCAACAUCAAGAUCAGCAUCAAACGCCGCAUCGGCAGUCCACCCCGAAGCCGCAUUUCUUCUUUUCUUCACACCGCGUCGAGAUCUCCAGCGAGGGAUUGACGACGCCGCUUAGAUAGAAUUUCUUUCCCCCGUAGUUAAAGAAAAAGCUGCCACCAUUCGGAAGAAAAAUACCUCUAAUAUGACCCAUAAUCUCGGUAUGGCGCCAUAUCGUUUGCCGGGUCCAGCAGGCGGUCUCUGUCCGCCUGACUUCAAACCGCCGCCUCCGUCGGAUAUCAUCUCGGCGCCGAGCAAUCCGAAGAAGCGGCGGAAAACUUCGAAUGCCGCCAACUCGGCAGCUGCGGCAGCGGCGGCGGCGGCAGCAGCUGCGGCCGCCGCUGCCAAUUCAAUGCAGCAACAAUCAGCACCACCAACGCCCCAGGAUCUGUUGCCGCCACCGCCGAUGGGCGGCUUCGGAGACACCAUUAUUGCCUCGAAUCCCUUUGACGACAGUCCCCAGGUGUCUGCCAUGUCAAGCUCGGCCGCCGCAGCGAUGGCGGCCAUGAACCAAAUGGGCGGAGGCCCUGGCGGACCGGGACACUUUGGCGGCGGCCAUCCGCAUCCGCACUGGGAGGAUCGCAUGGGCAUGGGCGGUGGUCCGCCUCAUAUGCACCCCCAUAUGCAUCCGCACCACCCGGGCGGACCGAUGGGACACCCCCAUGGGCCACCCCACCACAUGGGCGGCCCGCCGCCGAUGCGCGGCAUGAGUCCAAUGCAUCCGCAUGCGAUGGGACCCGGACCUGGAGUGGGACUGCCGCCGCAUAUGAACCACGGCAGACCCGGUCCCGGUGGCCCCGUGCCCAUGGGCAGUCCGAUGGGAGCCAUGGCCGGUAUGGGCGGAAUGAGUCCAAUGGGCAAUAUGGGAGGACCAAGUAUAUCACCACAUCACAUGGGCAUGGGAGGACUCUCGCCAAUGGGCGGAGGUCCGAAUGGACCCAACCAGCGGGCCUUGCAGGGCUCUCCCAUGGGAGGAGCUGGUGGUCCUGGCCAGAACUCGCCUAUGAAUUCGCUGCCCAUGGGCUCGCCGAUGGGCAAUCCGAUUGGUAGCCCACUUGGGCCGCCAUCCGGAUGUCCAGGGCCACAGCAGCAGCAACAACAGCAGCAACAACAACAACAACAGCAGCAACAACAGCAGCAGCAACAACAACAGCAACAACCUCCGCAGCCACCCAUGAACAAUGGACAGAUGGGUCCGCCCCCGUUGCACAGUCCGCUGGGCAAUGGACCGACGAAUCAUGGCAGUCAUAUGCCAGGUGGACCCGGUCCAGGGCCUGGUCCUGGGCCCGGUGGCCUCGUCGGACCUGGUGGCAUGUCUCCUGCAAACAACAACAACAGCGGUGGCGUCGGAGGAGGAGGAGUUGGUGGUCCGGGCAACAACAUGCUCGGCAACAACAACAAUUCAAGCAACAACAAUCAAAAUCCUCAUCUAUCGCCGGCCGGUGGCCGUCUCGGAGUGCCCACGUCACUGCAAUCGAAUGGCCCCACAAUGUCGGCCGCCUCCUCGGCAUCGGCAACGGGGUCAACGCCCACGCAAACAUCGACAGCGACGACAGCCAGCUCGAUGUCCACGUCAGUGCCUACAUCCUCGCCAGCGCCGCCCGCCAUGUCACCGCAUCACUCGCUGAACAGUGCCGGCCCAAGUCCGGGCAUGCCCAACUCUGGCCCCAGUCCGCUUCAAUCGCCCGCCGGUCCCAAUGGUCCACAAAAUAACAAUAACAAUAACAAUGGACCCAUGAUGGGCCAGCAAAUGAACCCGAAUGUUCCUAUGCAACAGCAGCAACAACAACAACAACAGCAACAGCAACAACAACAGCAACAACAACAACAACAACAGCAGCAACAACAACAACAGCAGCAGCAGCAGCACAUGGGCGGUCCUCCGGGACAUGGACCCGGACACGGCCAUGGACAUGGUCACGGCCACGGGCACGGUCACGGUCAUGGCCAUGGACACGGCCCUGGCAUGGGCAUGAAUCAGAUGUUGCCGCCUCAGCAACCAUCGCAUCUUGGUCCACCGCACCCGCAGCUCAUGAAUCAUCCGCACCAUCAUCCGGGUGGCCCACCGCCACCUCAUAUGAUGGGUCCCGGCGGGCCGAGCGGCGGCAUGCAUGGCGGUCCCGGUGGCAUGCCACCACACAUGGGUGGCGGCGGCCCCAAUCCCCAUAUGAUGGGUGGACCGCAUGGGAAUGCGGGUCCGCAUAUGGGACACGGACAUAUGGGCGGUGUGCCAGGACCAGGCCCAGGACCAGGUGGCAUGAAUGGACCCCCGCACCCGCACAUGUCGCCCCACCAUGCACAUGGACAUCCCCACCAUCAUCACAGUCCCAUGGGUGGACCCGGCCCCAAUAUGUUUGGCGGCGGAGGACCUAUGGGUCCUGGCGGACCAAUGGGCAACAUGGGACCCAUGGGAGGUGGCGGUCCAAUGGGUGGACCGAUGGGCGUGGGACCCAAGCCGAUGACAAUGAGCGGUGGCAAAAUGUAUCCGCCUGGCCAGCCGAUGGUCUUUAAUCCCCAGAAUCCCAAUGCGCCGCCCAUAUACCCGUGUGGCAUGUGCCACAAGGAGGUGAACGACAACGAUGAGGCCGUGUUCUGUGAAUCCGGAUGCAACUUCUUCUUUCACAGAACCUGCGUGGGCCUGACAGAGGCGGCCUUCCAAAUGCUCAACAAGGAGGUGUUUGCAGAGUGGUGCUGCGACAAGUGUGUGUCUUCCAAGCAUAUUCCCAUGGUCAAGUUCAAAUGUUGAAUAGCGUAGGAAUGGAGGAAGGCAGGCAGCACAAGGAACCUAUCAAUCAACCACCACCACCAACAACAACAACAACACCAGCUAGCACUCACUCACUGUAUAAAAUAUCCAAGCAUACUCUAAUAUCUUAAAUGUACAAUUAUAAGCUGCUCAAUAGUCAAGUCAUGUACCAACACAACCGCCCCCCAAGAUUACCCACGGGACAGACGAUGGCAGGAGGCCCGAGAACUAAAAAGUGCCGGAGCAGUGUUGUGACUUUCAGCUCCGGGCUCGCACCACCCUACUCACCCACUCGGCUCAAAAUCCAAUCCAAAAUCCUCUUUAUGCGCAAGCAAAACCUUAACGAAAUCUGUAAACGAAAUAUGUUUAAUUGUAAUAUAAAUGUAAUAUGUAAUAUUCAGGCAAGAAGCAAAAAAGAGCAAUCAAACCCAGACCAGACGCAGCCAGCAGUCGGCAGCCAGAAGCAGUGUGUUGUGUGUGCCCAGCAGGGAACCCAAGUAAGCCCCCUAGCUAAGAAACAACAAUCUAGUUUGUAUUAUACAACAAAAUUGGAUAAGCUAAGCGCUAAAUUAAGGAACAAGAAACAAACUCACAGCCGUCAGAGCGUCUCUUGUCCGUGGGUUAAAUGGGGGAAAAAUUGCAACACACACACACACACACAUAGACAAAUAUACACAAAAACACACACACUGACAUAAUUAUAUAAUUACAUGCAUAUAUCUAACGACAUAUUUAAAUAAACAAAAGAGAACAAAAAAUAGUAUAAACAAAUUGUAACGAAAUGAAAUUAUCAAUGUGAAAUUGUGCUGCAAAAUGUGCGUGCUGCGUGUUGCAUGAGUGUGCGAGAGUGUGUGUGUUAUUUGUUAAUAUAAAUUUCAUUUUUUUUUAUACCUGCGUGUGAAUCUUACAUUUUAAAUAAUUGAUUGAUUGAUUGGAGUUACAUUUUACACACUUAAAUAUAGCAAAAAAGAGAAUCGCGUUAAACGAUUGCGAACAAAAAACAAACGAAAAAGCACAAGAAAUUAUAAAUUCAUUGCGAACGAGAUAUAAACAAAAUUUUGUAAUUUAAGACGAAUGUUGAAAACGCAGCAGAAAAUGAACAGAACAGACGACGACGACGACGAUUCAAAAAAGGCAAAAACAAAUUUGUAAAAA